AUGGGUGCAUCAAGAAAAUGGAUCAGUCUUAAGCUAGUUAAUGUGGUAUUGGAAAGAGCUGUGCAGGGAAAACAUGUCUGCUCUUACGUUUCGACAGUGGAGAUUGGUUUCGCGUGGAUAAAAAUUCACAGAUCUGGGAGCACCGAAAAGGUUUUCCGUCAAAGGAAGAACUUUGUUGAGAUUGAUACUAGUGUUCUUGAAAAUGAAUCGAAUCAAAGUGUGUUAACAACUGAAGAUGCGAACUUCCAGUCAGUUUCAGAAUCAACUAGAUCAGCUUCCACUUCACUUCAGGUGCCAAGUGCAGCUCAAUUUCAAAACACGAGAGAAGAAUGGGCAGCUAUACGUAUCCAAACGGCUUUCAGAGGAUUUUUGGCUAGACGAGCUUUACGUGCUUUAAAAGGAUUGGUGCGACUUCAAGCUCUGGUUAGGGGUCAUGCUGUAAGGAAGCAAGCUGCCAUUACACUCCGUUGUAUGCAAGCUUUAGUAAGAGUUCAGGCUCGUGUUCGAGCAAGACGUGUUCGUAUGGCAUUAGAGACUCAAACAACAGAACAGAAACUCCAACAACUUGAGCAUGAGGCUCACGUCAAAGAAAUCGAAGAUGGAUGGUGUGACAGUGUUGGUUCUGUUGAAGAAAUUCAGGCCAAGUUGUUGAAGAGGAAGGAGGCGGCAGCUAAGCGUGAAAGAGCAAUGGCAUAUGCUUUAGCUAACCAGUGGCAGGCGGGAUCAAGGCAGCAUGUAACUCCUGCUUGUUUUCAACCUGAUAAAAGCAGCUGGGGUUGGAAUUGGUUAGAAAGGUGGAUGGCCGUUCGACCAUGGGAAAAUCGCUUACUAGACAUUAACCUUAAAGAUGGUGUCAAAAUUCACGAGAAUCAAAAUCAACCGGCUGAGGUGAAGAACGCGCUGUCGAAUUCAGAAGGAAAGAGAGGCAUGUCAAAUGUUGCAAAUGGGAAAGGUCCUCGUUCGAGCAAUAACUCCAAUCUCUCGAAUGAAAAAAGGGCGGCUGCAUCCCAUUCGGAUGCAUGCAGUUCUUCAACACCCAACAAGUCGGCCAAUGCACAAGAGAAACCUGGCUCGCUGUCUAAACCGGUUGUUGAAGACUUGGCUGAGGAAGCUACCUCAAGGCCUAAUGUUAUCUCGAGAUCUCACAGUAAUCCAAAGGAGAGGUCGGCUAUUACAAAUAAACCUGGAAAGAAGCGGUUGUCCCUACCGGGCAACGGACAAAAUAAUGGGGCUCAACAGGCUAGGCCAAAGCCUAACGUCAAACGAUCUCCCACUGCUCUCAAACCUGAGAAAGACAAAGCAAAAUCCAAUGGGUCUAAUGCAAAACCUUCAAAAAGUAGUCCAAGGGCCAUUCCUUAGCUUCUCAAUCAGUGGUAUCUUAAAUUCCUCCUAGCGAUAUUGCCAAAAAUCGGCAACUUACUGUUUGUACAUAAAAGGCACGAGGACGUGCAUAUGCUUGUGAGCAUAUGUUAUGGCAGUGCUUGUAUGAGUUCCUUAUACUAUCCGAUAAUGCCCUGGGGCAUGACUUGAGUUAAGAGACGGGCUCGUUUGCUGUACAAUGAUUGAGUAUGGUGUCUCGAACAUUUUAGUGGUUUAUUUUAUUGCAUUUAAUUUAUUUGUAUUAUUAGAAAUGGCGGUUGGGUUUUUGGUUGCGGAGCAUGUAUCAUAGAACUCCAGAUUAUGUUUUUUUCACUUGUGAUUGUUGUCUUGUUCCAGAAGCUGUGGCUGGUAGAGUUUCCCUGAAUUCUUGUUUGGUUUAAAUACUAAUUUAGGGGUGUUUACAAUUAGGAUUUCUAAAGACUUUUUAAGACUAAAAGUUCUGGUGUAUUUAAUUUAGACUUUUAAAAGUCUUGAUGAAGUAUUCACUAG